CUUGUCAGGCACACCCCCUCGCGCAGCUGGGUUGGGUGGCGUGGGAUAAACCACAGCCACGCAGCGGGUCGUCUUCUCCAUUCCAAUCUGCAUCAGUUCGUCUAACAGCGGCGGCCGUGCUGUUCCGGCGCCGGCGAGAUGUCUACCAAUGGUGUCGAGAUUAAUGGGAUUUCUGCUGCGUCCGGUGCGAGGAGCACUUCCGUCUUGCCAUUGGAGUCCCAGGAUUCCAUGAGCGUCCCAAACGACGUGUUCGCUGCCGCCGGUUGUGCUCGGCCGCAUGUGGAUGCAGUGGUGGGCGAGGUGUGCUCUGAAGCCACCAGCGGCUGGACGCGCAGGGUCAGGGUGGGUAAAGCUCCCGAGGAAAGGGAGAUGAAUCCAAACAGGAUUUCAGCUCUGGAAUUGUCUGUCCGCGCUUAUACAGAGAAGAGGGAUGGACCUGUUGUGUACCCAAGCAUUGGUACAAGCUUUGACUCCUUGGACGAAGCUUAUGAAUUCUAUAAUCUGUAUUCCUGGGAGUGCGGAUUUGGUGUUAGACUUGCCAAGAGCAGAUUGAAUGUUGAAAGGAAGAGAUGCAUGCAAGAGAUUGUGUGUGCUUGUGCGGGGAAACCAUUGAGGGAAAACAGCCGCUCGGCCAGAUGCGGAUGCAAUGCUAUGAUCAGGCUGCUGCGGUCAAAUGACAAGGGGUGGUACAUAGCAGAACACAAAGAUGACCAUAACCACCCGUUGUCGUUGACAUGUGGACAGAAAAUGCACUGGAAGUCGCAUGAGCAUAUAGACAGAUACACAAAGGACCUGGUGAAACAGCUGAGAGAUAACAAUGUUGGUCUUGGGAAAGUGUUCAGCAUUGUUGGCAGUUUUUUUGGGACAGUUGAUAAUGUGCCAUUUACGAAGAGGUGUUUGAAGACUCUUUGUCGGAAGCUGAACAAAGAGCAAUCUGAGGAGGAUGCAGUCAAGACGAUGGCGAUUCUAGCUGAAAUGAAGGCUAAUGAUCCUGACUUCAAUUACACAGUACAAGUGGAUGAUGAGAGCAGGGUAAAAACACUGAUGUGGGUAACAAGCAGAGGGUUUGACCAUUACAGGUGUUUUGGGGAUGCAAUCACAUUUGAUACAACUUACCGCACUAAUCUUUACGACAUGCCAUUUGGACUGUUCGUUGGUGUAAACAACCACUUCCAAAGCAUAAUUUUUGGUGGUGCCAUGAUGAGAGACGAGAAAGAGGACACAUUCAAGUGGAUAUUUAAAGAGUUAAUCCGUAUGGUUGGCGGGAAACACCCACAGACAAUCCUUACUGAUCAGGCACGAGCGAUGGAGCUGGCUAUAGAGGCAGAACUACCCAACACAGUGCACCGCUGGUGCAAAUGGCAUGUUUUGAAGAAGGCAAAGGAGUCGAUGGGUGUGCUGUGGAGCAAGAACAGUGACUUUAAAUUGGAAUUCCACAAGCUAGUACACCACAUGAUCAUGGAGGAAGAAUUCAAAGCUGGUUGGCAGCAGAUGCUGGAAAAGUAUUCCUUGAAGAAGCAUCCAUUCUUGACGCACAUAUAUGAGGUGCGCCAUAAGUGGGCAAAGCCAUAUUUUAGAGGAGUGUUCUGUGCAAAAAUGACUAGCACACAGCGGAGUGAGAGCGCCAAUCACAUGUUGAAGGGGUAUGUGCCGCCAGGGUGUCCUAUGCACCUGUUUUUGAGACAAUUUGAGAAACUCCAGUUUGACCGGGAGUCAGAGCAGAGCUUCCAGGAGAAGAGAACAUUGCUGAGUGGUGUGUCACUUAGACUUAACCUACCGAUAGAGAGGCAUGCUAGCAAGGUGUACACCAGAGCUAUGUUCGAGAAGUUUGGUGAAGAACUAUACAAGUGUGGUGCACAUGUAUUGGAUGAGAUUGUAGCGAAGAAGGUUUACAAAUCAACACAUGUAGAUGCUGCAGCCAGAGAGAAAUGGAGUAAGGUUGAGUUCACGAUCCAAGUGGAUGAUGAAGCGAGUUUUUUCAGCUGUUAUGAUCCUCUUCCGCCUGUCGAAGAUACCAGAUAAGCAUAUAAUGAAACACUGGACAAGAGACGCAAAUGAUGUUUUUCCUGCACAUUUGGUCAGGUACAAUAAAGACAGAGGGCCUCCUUCAAGUGAUACAUUCAGACAUCACACAAUGUACACGAAGGCACUAGAAUGCGUGCUGCUUGGCGAUAGCAAUGUUAGGUGCUAUGAUGUUUUCAUGACCAUGAUGAAGGAGGUGCAAGCCACUCUGUUGCCAUUAAGCGCCGAGAAGGACGGGAUGGGGCUAGCAGAGAGGGAGCAACAAAAUCAGGUUUUAGUUCAGAAACAGGCAGAGACGCUUCAGAUCCAAGGGGGCAGCACCAAGCCUGCUUGUGAUGGUGAAUCAAGCUGUUCAGGGAUAGCUGGGCAGCAGAAUAAGCGCCCGAGAGGCAGACCUACAACUAGCCGGGACAAAGCUCCUUACGAGCAACAGUUGAAAAGAUCAAGGUUUUGCACGAUUUGCAGGGGGCAAGGUCACAAGUGCACAACUUGCCCAGAAAGAGGCGACGUGCCGAAAAUGCCGAGGAAAUUGCCGAAGUGUACAAAUUGUGGUGUGCUUGGGCAUCGACGCAAUAACUGUGGCACGAGGAAAUCUGGACCUUUUGAACCGAACUUUCUCUAAGGAACUGAAUUCAUAAGUCGUGCUGUUUCUUUGUCAGGACUGUCUUAUUGUGCAAUCAUCAUUGUGUCAUUUGCACUCGGUUGACAAUUAAAACUGUUUUAUUUGGUCUGUUAUGAUCACUAUUGUGUUAGUUUCAUUUGAGACGUUGCUUAUUUUUUCAUGCUAGUGUUGGUUUCAUUUGAGACACUAAGCUAAAACUUACCCAUCAUGAUGGCUGGUUGAGCUUGCC